UGGCAUGGUUAUAGGCUAUCUCCGCGUGGGCAAGAUGGAGAUCCCAAUGCUGGUCGUCACGAACAAUCUUUCGGAGAAUAUCUCCGAGAGUCCUGUUCGUGACCUCGGUCUGACCAUCAGUCUGGGGAUGGUAAGACGAGGAGAAGCGGAGCUGGGUGCCGUAAACCUCGUGAAGCCGUCGCCAGAAUCGGUUGGUAAAGCGCGGGUCACGCUUGGCGUAGAAGCCAUGUCUGCGCAAGCGGUCAAGGACGUCGCGAAAGUGCCUGAGGUGCUCCUCAAGGGUACGACUGUAGACCAGGAUAUCGUCGAGGUAGAAGAGAACGUACUGCUCCAGGAUGUCCCUGAAGAUGUCGUUCAUCGCCCUCUGGAAGGCACGAGUUGGAUGGAGUGCUCGACGUCGCGUAUCGAUGGGAUGCCGUCGUACGAGAACGACGAUGGGAAAACGUUGUGGUACUCUCGAAUGAGGUCACGAACUGUGGGCUCCAGGUCAACCGUAUAUCGUGCGAGUUCCUCAGCGUCAGCGCGCGAUGGCGGGGUGGACUCGACGGACGGCGGAGGGUGGGAAAGAGAGAUGGGAGUCAUGGAGAUAGAAGGAGGAUCUGGCUCCAGAGGGAUGAGCUCAACGUCAAGACAGGGUGGAUCAUAAUGUAAGAGAUCUGUAACGUUCACCAUAAAGAAGGUGAUGUCGUCCUGUCGGAUGAAGUGGGCGAACUGCCGAGGGGAGGUGACAGUGUUCGUAGGAGGUGGUGUGGGCACGGAAGGCUCCGGGGGAAAAGGAUCGGGGCGUGGUAUCGCAGUGGUACCAAUGAAAGGUACGCGAUAUGUCUGUCCACACUUCGUUUUGAGAACGAGAGUGUUGGUCACCCAAUCGGCCUCGGUGUUGUGGAACCGACGAGACCACGGAGUACCGAGAAUGAAAUCGUACCCCGUCU